AUGCUGCGGCAUAUCGCAACAUCAAGCCUCACCCACAUCCGCAUCCCUCCUGCAUCGCCGGACCCUCAACCUCAGAUAGUCGACCCCAGAUCGACGAUGGCACGCAAAGAUAUUAUCAAAGGUGUUGAGGCUGUUGGCAGUAAGACCGCGAACAGGAAGCGCACCGCCACUGAUAAUCAAGUGAGGCCUUCGCGCAAACGACAGAAGAUCCAGAAGGUAGACAAUGAGGCCAAGGACCAAACAAAGCAAGAGAAGGUCAAGGACCCGCGCGAAGAUGGAGUUUUCCGCUUGAUGGACCUACCAGGAGAACUCCGCAACCAAAUCUACGGCUACGCGGUAGAGUUCGCACACCGCUGCUUCCCACCAAUCUUCCCGAAAGACAAAUCUGAACCGAAGAGCAAGAAGCCUCUACUUCCACACAUCGGCCUCACACAAGCCUCCUCCAAGAUGCGCUCAGAGUUCCGCCCAGCUUGGCUAUCCACCCAUAAGAUCCCUCUUUUCGCUCUCGACGGCUAUCUCAAAGCCUUCUACCCUCGCACUGGCCCAGGUGCAUCUGACGAGGUCAAAAAACGUCUCGAAUCCACAUACUCGCGCUCUGGCCUACUCCGCGUCUGGGUGCGCAAACCCGAUCUCGAUCUCCCAUGCGUCGAUAUACUCCAACUAAUCAAACACACACUGCGUUUUCCAGACUUCAGCAUCACGGUCUCUGCUGCAAUAGAUGUCCCUCCGGAGACAUUGUCUGCCAUCCAGGCCGUUCUCUCGAACAAGGCGGCAAGAUGGGUGAGCGGAAUCAAGGGAAACAAGGUCAGCCAGCUCCGCUUGAGAUGGAGCUAUCGUGGCCCAAAUCCGUGUCUCGAGGUCACGGUUGUGGUCAAGGACGAAUACGCACCUCGCUGGAUGAGGGCCCCGAACGACGCCAACUGGAAAUCAAGCGACUAUGCGGAGGCUCUUGGUUUGGGUAGGGCGACGGACAGAGUCGAUUUUGCCUUUAGGGUGGAUUACUCUUGA